AUGGAGUUUGAUUCUAAUCAUGAGGACUUGACUUGCCAUCCUGAAGACAUUUUGAACAAAUUCAAAAUAUUGGAUUUAACAGAUGAAGACGAAGAAUUGUAUAAGAAUACCCAUGAAGUUAUUGAUCUAAUGAAGAAGAAGAUUGAAGACGACUUCUCCACUGAAAGUUUGUUACUAGGAAGUAUCAAUAUGAAGUAUUCUAGAGACUCAAGUUUUAAAGAUUUUGAAUGCCUUUCAUCAUAA